ACAGAGCCCACGAACCCUGUGUGCUACGAGCCCAAGGAGGUGGGACCGUGCAAGGCCUACGUUCCUCGCUAUUUCUACAACACGACCACCAAGUACUGCGAGCGCUUCGUCUACGGUGGCUGCAAAGGAAACGGCAACAACUUCCUCGAACUGGACGUGUGCCUGAAGACCUGCAAGGUUGGUUACAAGAACAUCACUGAGAGGCUUCUGACGCUGCGAACUCCUCUCAAGGACCAAGUGUGCUACCUGCCGAAGGAGACGGGACCUUGCUUCGGCUACUUCCCUCGCUACUACUACAACACGACGACCAACACCUGCGAGCAGUUCGUCUACGGAGGAUGCAGGGGCAACGCCAACAACUUCGAAACGCUCCACCAAUGCGAGAGCAAGUGUGGAAACGUUUCUCUCACCGAAGAGCUCAUCAGGUCCAGGCUCAUCGCCAAACUGGCGACUCUUGACCCAGUCUGCGAGCUGCCGAAGAAGCCUGGCCCGUGCCAUGGCCACUUUCCCCGCUUCUACUACAACAAGACGACGGGCACUUGCGAGAAGUUCGUCUUCGGCGGAUGUCAAGAAAACCGCAACAACUUCGAAACCCUUUGGGACUGCGAGCACAAGUGUGUUGUUUCUCUGGAGGACGUCAUUCGUGCCAACCCGAUCCUCUCCAGGGAAGUCGUGGGACUCAACCCUGUGUGCAACGAGACGAAGUACCCCGGACCUUGCUUCGGCUACUUCCCUCGUUAUUACUACAACAACGUGACCAAGUCUUGCGAGAAGUUCGUCUACGGAGGAUGCAAGGCCAACGGAAACAACUUCGUGACUCUCGAGGAGUGCCAGAACACAUGCUGGGCAUCCCUGGACCAGCAUUCUCUGAAGAUCGUUGGUGCCUUCGAACUUCCUCAUUGGCCCUUCACGCCGCCUGAAGAGUGUACCUACGCUGUUGACGUUGGACCCUGCGACGCGUACAUGCCUCGUUUCUUCUACAACACGCUGACCAAGGCGUGCGAGCAGUUCGUCUACGGGGGAUGCGGAGGCAACGCCAACAACUUCCACACCUUCGAUGCGUGCGAGAAGAAGUGCAAGAAGGUCUUUGGCGUCGUUCCCCGCGCCUAAGAAAAAAAAACGCGACUCUGCAAAGGGCAUCGUCCUUU